AUGGAGGACCCCUUUUUGGCAUACUCGCCGUUUGCUGGUAGUGAUAAUCUCAUCUUGCGGCAUUCGCAUGAAAUCUUGAUUUCGUUUCUGAUAUACCACUUUGUGGUGGGCCUGUGGUUUGCACCACUGGCGAACCGGCUGGUAUUCGGGAAGCACUACACCCAGCUCGAGGACAAGAAGGUAAAGCUGAAUUUUGACAUCCACACGGUUUCCAUGGUGCAAUGCGUCAUCAGCCUGGCAUUGGCGUGGCCCAUCUUGCUGGAACCAUUAUCCACCAGUGUGGUGGCUUACCAAAGCUCCUACAACUCGAUGGUCGCUGCUGUGACGUGCGGGUACUUCGUAUGGGACCUGGUUGUGUGCGUCGAGCACUUUUCGAUGUUUGGAGUCGGGUUUUUGGGCCACGCUCUGGCCUCGCUGUAUGUGUUUGCCGUGUCCCUGACCCCGUUCUGCCAGUCCUGGAUUGGAAAGUUCCUGAUCUUCGAGGCUUCGACGCCGUUUGUGAAUGUCAACUGGUACAUUAGCCAGUUGUCGCGCUCCGCGACAAAACCUGUCGUUCCUCUGUGGUUUAACGCCCUCAAUGGGGCCCUGUUGAUACUCACGUUCUUUGUGGUACGCAUACUGUGGGGAUUCUCCGCGGUGUUUAUCCUCAUUCGUCAAUUUUGGAUGGAGAGACACGUUGUGCCAAUGUGGCUUCCGUUGACAGUCAUGCCACUGAAUGUAGGUUUGGAUGCCUUGAAUGUACUGUGGCUAAACAAAAUGAUGCGCAUCGCCAAAAAAAUGGCCCGUGGAUCCAAGAAGGAUAGUAAGAUGGGUUGA